GGGGAUUAUUCAUGAUGAUCAAGCUUCGUCGGCUGUUCGGGUUCCUAGAAUACCAAUUCAUGGGUCGAUCUAGGCAAAGAUAUAUACCGAUCAUGAUUCUCAGUUGAGUUUCCCUCCCCCGCUAUCCUCAUCUCUUCCCCUCAUCCACAACUCCAACCAUCACCAUCACCACCACAACCACCAUGGACUCCUUCGAAUACAACGCCAACCCCGGCCGAGUCAUCUUCGGUAGCGGCACAUUGAAGAAGCUCCCCGACGAGCUCGCCCGCCAGAACCUCAAAGCACCUCUCCUCCUCUCGACCCCGCAGCAAGUCUCCCAAGCCGAGAAUGUCAAGACCGUCCUGAACGGCCAAGUGGCCGGCAUUUUCACCGAAGCCACCAUGCACACUCCCACCCACAUCACCGACAAGGCAUUGAAAUAUGCCAAAGCCCAGAGCGCCGACUGCGUCGUCUCCAUCGGCGGUGGUAGCACCAUCGGCCUGGGCAAAGCCAUCAGCAUCCGCACAGGACUGCCGCAUAUCUGUAUCCCGACCACCUACGCAGGCAGUGAGAUGACACCGAUUCUGGGUGAAACAGCCGACGGAUUGAAGAAGACUCGCUCUGACCCGAAGAUCCUCCCGGGUACUGUGAUCUACGAUGUGGACCUUACUAUGACUUUGCCGGUGGCCAUGAGUGCGACGAGCGGUGUUAAUGCCAUCGCGCAUGCAGUGGAAGCCCUCUACGCCCGCAACACCAACCCCGUGAUCAACCUCAUGGCCCUAGAAGGCACCCGGGCCCUCGCCUCCUCCCUCCCCGAAAUCGUCCAGAACCCUAGCUCGCCCUCCGCCCGCUCCUCCGCCCAAUACGGCGCCUGGCUCUGCGGUACCUGUCUCGGCAGCGUAGGCAUGUCCAUCCACCACAAGCUCUGCCACACGCUCGGCGGAAGCUUCAACCUGCCCCAUGCGGAGACGCACACGGCGGUGCUCCCGCACGCUAUCUCCUACAAUGCGCCGAAGAUCCCCGAGGCGAUGAAGAAGUUGGCCGAGGCGCUACCGGAGAGUAACGGGGAUGCGAUCCACGGGCUGAAUGUCCUGUUGGAGAAGUUGCAGGUUAAGCGUGGAUUGAAGGACUUUGGUAUGAAGGAGGAGGAUAUUGAUAAGGCGGCGGAUAUUGCGGUUAGCAACCCAUACUGGAACCCUAGGGAGAUUCAGCGUGAGCCGAUUCGGGAGUUGAUUCGGAGGGUGUGGGCUGGGGAGCCGGCGAGGGCGGACUUGUAGAUUAGAUUCUUAGAGAGGGUUGCAUGUAAAUAAGUAGUGG